UGCACGGCUCCACCCACACCGGGUCGGACGGAUUACAGUUUUUAACUCUUCUGUGAACACUGAAGGUGUGUCCAUUCAAGGAGAAGCUAUCAUACGAUGAAUUAAAACAUUUUAUUAUUUGAAACCUUCGAACUGUGGUGUGAAAGCUGGUCAUCGCAGUUGGGGUACAGAGCAGUCUGAUGUGUGCCACUGGCGCGUCUCCUACGGCCGCUGACAGUAGACUAACUUUAAAGACUUAAAUGAACCCGUCCUACUGCGAAGAGACAACAUUAUGUCAACAUCCAUGGACAUAACUGAAUAACCGAGAGCUUGUGAGGUUUUCUGCAUUGUCCGGGAUACACAGGCUGUCGUGGAGGUAAAGGUUUCCAGUCCUGUGUGGGAUGUUAACAGACUGGUGGCGCGUUGAGGCUGAAGGAGCAUGGUGAAACACCAACCCUUACAGGUCUAUGAAAAGCAGGUCUUUGUGUCCUUCGUCACUGGGAUCUAUGGUUGCCGCUGGAAACGCUACCAGCGUUCCCAAGAAGACAGCUCCAGGUGGGAGUGCACAUGGUUCACCAUCUUGUGCAUUUCUUUUCUUCUGCUUCUCUUUUGGGCCUACUUCUGGUUGGUGGCCCAAAAUGAUUUCAACGAGUUCAACUGGUCCGUAUACAACCGCUCUGGAGAAUGGAGGGAUGAGACAAUCCCCAUCCUCGCAUCCACCACCGUGGGAUUCAGCUACAUUACAUUCUUAAUGAUGUUAGCACUUUUCCAUAUAUCCUUAGGCCAGCAGCUGAACCUCUACUGGGUUCACAAGAUUGGAGUGCUGGCUACUCUGCUCACCACUAUCUCAGGUGUUGUUUCUGUUGAUGACAUAUGGGGAGAUGAGUGGGACAUCCUGCUUGUAUCACUGCAGUCCACAGCACCUUUCUUGCACAUUGGAGCCCUGGCAACAGUCACCGCUAUCAGCUGGUUGGUAGCUGGCUAUGUGAUUCGCAGAGAGAGAUCCAAUUUCCAGGUGAUAGUGCUGCUGAUCUUCAUCAUCAUCCUCCUGGUCGUCUACUUGGCACCUCUGACAUUCACCUGCCCCUGCAUCAUGGACCGCCACAGCCUCAAACCUCGACCUGGCAUCGUUGGCCGUCGGGGAGCUCCUAUGCUGGCUCCAGAGAACACCAUGGUGUCCUUUAACAGAGCUCUGCAGCAUGGCGCCAGCUCCCUGGAGGCAGAUGUAUCGAUCAGUGUGGACGGGGUUCCCUUCCUGAUGCGAGACCGCACCUUGAGACGAACCACAGACGUUAGUAAGAUCUUUCCAGCCAGGCAGUACGAUGACGCCUCUUUCUUUAACUGGACAGAGAUUCGCUCUCUAAACGCAGGCCAGUGGUUUUUAGAGAGUGACCCCUACUGGACAGUAGAGACCCUGACAGCGAGGGACCGGAGCAGAAUAGGCAAUCAGACGGUUUGCAGUCUGGUGGAGAUGCUGCGUCUGGCGGCCAGAGCCAACAGUUCUGCGCUGCUCAACAUCCGUAGACCUCCACCAGAGCACCCGCGCUACCGGAGCUGGUUCAUGGACACGCUGUGGGCUGUGCAGAAAGCAGGGAUUUCCCAGAAGAGGGUGAGGACUGUGACGUGGACCCCCGACACGGACAGGGGGAGGGUGCGAGGGCUUCAGCAGACUGCAAAUGAGAAGCUGUCAGUGGAAGAGAUAAGGCAAAGGGGAAUAACAAGCCUGACCCUCCACUACAGCAAGGCCAGCCACAAAGAUAUACAGGAGUAUCUGGCCAAUAAUGUGAGUGUGACUGUCUACCCAGUGAAUGAGCCCUGGCUCUACUCCAUUCUGUGGUGUAGCGGGGUGCCUUCUGUGUCCUCUGAUGCCCCCCAAGUCCUCCGAAAGGUGCCUUACCCCAUCUGGCUCAUGAGCCAGAACUCUUACAACUUCAUCUGGAUCGCUUCAGAUCUGCUCUCCCUCGCCAUAGUCAUUGGGAUUUUCUGCUUUCAGAAGUGGAGGAUGAGCGGGAUGCAGAGCUAUAACCCAGAACAGAUCAUGCUGAGCGCUGUGGCGCGUCGGUCCAGUCGAGACGUCAACAUCAUGAAGGAGAAGCUCAUAUUCUCAGAAAUUAACAAUGGACUCAGCAGUACAGAGGAGCUUUCUCUGUUUCCUGAGAACGGUUAUGCGAGAUACUCUCACGGGGGCCUCAGCCGCUGAAAAAACCCCCACACUGCCACAGCUGGCAAAUGGAUGCUACUUUGAUUUCAGAGCUUUACUCACUGAAUGCUAUUUUCUUGUCAGAAGAAAAAGGAGCACUGUUUUCUUUGUCAACUUCUCCCUCCAGAUUUGGUGACAGCUUGGAUAGCAAAUCUUUCGUCAGUGAAAGUUUCUUCUUUUUGGCCAAUGAUUCAUCAGUUUUUAGGAUGACACAUUAGGAACUUGUUUAUGUACAAGUUAUAUGUAAUAUAUGUAUUUAUAUGAUAGUUUGUCAUUUUCAUUAUACUGCAAGCUUGCCAGUCUUUACCACAUUCCUCAAAUGCAGUUCUCCAUUUAGUUGCUAAACGUCAGUAUGGAGCAGUAAAAUCUUGCAAAGCACAUUGCUGAUAUGUGUCUAUGUUGUCAUCAAAUGUCUCAAAAACAUGAUAAAUCAGAUGCUGUUUACAGCUGAACCAAGUGGAUCUGGAAUUUGUGUUUGUCUAUGAAUGAAAACAUUUGUUUGAGUCAUAAUUUUAAAACUGCUUCAUCUCACAUUUUAAUGUAGAACAGGAAAAACAGUCUUGGUUAUGCGUGUGGUGACUGGGCCAAAAAUCCAUCUGACUACAAUCAGAAAAGAAAAAAUCUCUGAUCAGUCUGUUUGCUUGAGUGACCUUCUCAGAAGUUAAGCUAAUUAAAGUUGUAAUGUUGUAUUUUUCCACGUUAUUCACUUCGCUGUUGUUUUAUAACUGAGGAAAUGGACUGUGUGGUGUUCUGUAUUAUAAACUGAUGUAAAUAUGAGUUGUUUUACAGGUUUUUAUUUUUUCCAAUGGUGUGGACAUAUGAAAUGUAUAUUUUUAUGUUUGCAUUAAUUAUCAUUAUGACUCAUAUGCUAUAAGUGAUAAUGGCAGAUUAGGGCAUACAUGAAAACAGUUUCAUGGGGGUUUUGAGGACUUACUGUAGUGAAAGAUCUAACCUUUUUUUCUGCCUCUUUUCUGUCAUGCCAUGAUUUACCAUGUAGUCAUAUUAGCUAUUGCAACUUUCACAUGACUGCCUUUUUGUUUAAUAGAAUGCUAGAAUGCUGUAGAAUACAUAUCUUUUUGUCUUUUAGUUAAAUAAAAGGUGUGCACAUUUCUAGUUAAAACACUUAUUAUACUAGCCACGGAUAUGUUAACUUCAAUAAAAGUCAUGUUUUCCCUUUAAAAACGUGUAGGUUGUCUUUUGUGGAAUAUAUGUAACAGGUAAAUCUAAAAAUACUCAAAGUAAAUGCUCAA